AUGCUGACAACUGCUUCACAAUUUGAACCCAUCACGUUAGAAGAGCGUAUUCGAAUUACGUUUGAAAUCGCCAAUAUUUUGCAAAAGCAGGAGUUUUUGCGUAAACUUUGUCGAUCGUUAAUGAUGUACGGCUGCCCUGCCCAUCGACUAGAAUAUGCGAUGCGUCAGGUGUCACGUACAUUAGGGGUCGAUGCUGAGUAUGUAUUUUUACCAAGUGUGAUGCUCAUCACAUUUAAUGAUUCAACAACACAUACAACAGAAACACAUUUUAUAAGACAGUCACCAGGCUUUGAGAUGCAUCGAUUAGCGGAUAUUUACCGCUUAGAAAAAUUAGUCGCUUAUGGUGAAGUAUCUGUAGAUGAAGCAUUAGAAUUUAUAGACAAAGUGUAUGAACAACCGCCAAUCUACCCUCUAUGGCUACAACCUUUUGUGUAUGCUCUUGCCGCAUUUACCGGUUGUGUUUUGUUUUGGGGAGGUCGUUGGAAGGAAGGUGGUGUUUCUGCAGCCCUCGGAAUGUUUUUUGCUGCAAAUGAACUCUUCUCGACGAUUCUUUCUAGUUUCCAGCCUAUUUGGGAAAUUACUGUGUGUAUACUGAUUGGCUUCGUUGCUCGUGGCGUACAAAAAUAUGGAUUUUGCUUUACCCCCAUCGCAUUCUCUUCGUUUAUUGUCGUGCUUCCUGGAUACCCAAUGGCUGUAGCCAUCAUCGAACUCGUAUCUCGACAAUUAGUAAGCGGUGUGAUUCGUAUGGUAUAUGCUAUCAUCUACUCAUUCUUACUCGGAUACGGCGUGUCUACGGGCUCUUCUCUGUAUCUGUCAAUUGACAAAGGCGCAAAUACAACUCCUUCAGAUGAAUGUAAAGUAGCUUCGAACGCGUCGACCUGUAUCUCAAGCGUUUCGCCUUGGUUCAACUUUUUGCUUGUUCCUCUGUUUGCAGUCACUUACUGUGUCUAUCUCAAGGCUAAAUUACCUCGAUGGCCAAUUAUGGCAUUUGUUGCUGCAUGUGGUUACGUAAUUAAUUAUGCACUUUCCUGUUGGGCUCAGGCACCUUCUCAGAUUUUACAAAUAGCACCUGCAUUUAGCAUAGCGCUUAUCGGUAACUUGUUGUCUAAAACCACAGGCAAGAUGUCGUUUGAUGCUGUCUUGCUUGGCGUUUUCUAUCUAGUGCCAAGUGGUUUAGGUGUAAAAGCUGCACUUGGUCUGUUUGGUGGUGGCGAUGAUAGCGUGAGUAACCAAGGAGCAGGAUUUGCACUCGUCAUGAUCGAGACAUCGAUUGGUAUUACCCUAGGUUUAUUUCUUGCCACUUUAAUUGUAUACCCCAAAGGUACUCAACGUACACCUUUGAUGAGCUUGUAA